AGGCUGCCCAUCCACCCAAAUCCAUCUAUGGUGCGCCAUCGUCUAUCAGCCAAUCGAACGGCGUAGGACCGUGGCUUGGCCGGGUUGGCAUGCUCGUUACAUCUGAUAUGAUGGUUGUCAACUUCCUCGCACAUGACGAGCUGCGGCAGGCCGUGCGACUCAUCGUCUGCCUUCAAGCGCUCGGGUGACGGCGCUGCUAGGCGUCCGUCCAUCCACAUGGGCUAUUUCUUGAACUCGAGAUCCAGUAACUAGUUACCUCGAUCAAUCUGAUCUUCAUGAAUAUAUAUGUGGAAAGUAUUAUUGCGCUUAGAGUAUACAGUCUGCUACUCUCUUCAUCCCGAGUUAUUGAUACUUCGUUCCGUUGGCGUCGACCUCGUGGGUAAAACGGCCAUCGUGACAGGGUCGAGCAGUGGCAUCGGUCUGGAAUGUGCUCGACAACUCCUUGCUCGAGGUCUAAGCAAACUCAUCCUCGCCGUCCGAGAUGAGAAGAAAGGAGCUGUCGCUCGCGAAGACCUGAUGUCUGGCCGGGAUCUUAAGGCAGGUGCCAUUGAGAUAUGGCAUAUGGAUUACAGCUCCUAUGGUUCUAUUAUGAGCUUCGCCGACCGUGCGAAAGCUCUCGAGGCGCUCGACAUCGUGGUGCUCAAUGCUGGUAUCUAUCGCAUUCCCCGCGUGAUUCUCCCAACAGGCCACGAGGAGGAUAUACAGGUCAACUACCUGUCGACUGCCUUUCUGACCAUAUUACUCCUCCCCAUCCUCGAAGCAAAGAGACGUCCCGGGACCGAGCCCGGAUGUCUGACCGUUGUGUCCUCCAGUGUGGCGGCGUGGUCUCGCUUCAAGCUACCGCAAGACGGGCGGCCCUUGCUGACGACUCUGGACGAGCCAAUGGGGACAGCGGCCUUCGACCAUCAUCAGCAAUAUUGUACCUCGAAACUCCUUGGGCAGCUGUUCUUGGUUGAGCUGACACGACGUGUGCCAUCCUCAGUUGCCACUAUCACCUACGUGCAUCCCGGGCUAUGCUACGGAUCUGGGCUCGCUCGCGACAGCAUGGGAACGAUAGCGGGUUUUAUCGCAGGGAUCAUAUUUCGCAUUUUCGGUCGCUCAUGCGUUGGCGGUGCACAGGCUAUAGUUGACGCUGCUGUAGCCCAUGGCGAGGAGGCUCACGGUCACUACCUUGUUGAUGGAAAGCCUGCAAAGUUGGCACCGAUUGUUUAUACGCCCGAAGGUGGACAAAUGGCUCAGAGGUUAUGGAAGGAAACCAUGAGCGAGCUAUCAUUUGCUGGCGUUGAGGAUAUUAUCGAAGCCCUUGUUAGUUGAGUUAUCGAUAUGCCACGGAAUUUUACUUGUUCACAUAUCACUUUAUUGUCAUCCCAUGUCAUUAUACCUUACCUGGCGAUAUCAAGUCUAUACCUUCGUUGUCUAUAAAUAGUCAUAAUACUUAUACUAUAAGCUUCUUUAGCGGUUAUCCAAUUUCAAUGGCGUAGUUUCAAUCUAGAGUGGCUCUUGAAUGCAUCAAACA